AUGAAUCGAACUGGUACCACCGGCUUUUUUAACGACCCCGAAACUGAUGAUACUCUGCAGAACAUAAGACGCGACUACUUAGCAUCCAAAAAGAACCUUCAAGAGCUUCUGGUGACUAGCCCUACGACAACCAGAACUCGACCACUUCAGGUGCCGACGCCACCGAUGGAGAGAAAGACGAGAGGAAAUGACGAGCUUCUGCGACAGCAGUUGAGGGAAGGGCUGCGAAUAGAUUCCCGACACCCAUCGGGUUCCCUUCCACCUGCAGCCCGUCGCGACCUUCCUAGAAAAGUUGAGCCGGAACACUACACUGAAGUAGAUGGCCUGCGAAUGAUGGUUCACGACCAACAGCAAAGCAUCGGGCGGUUGCAGCGUGCUCUGGAAGCACAAGAAGCCCGAAACGCCAACCUAGAAAUGCGAAUGCGCACAUUAGAACACUGCGUGGCAAUUCUAGAGAAAAGCCCGAGAAGUCCUUACGAACCGCGAAAUACUGAACCGCCGGGGGCGUAUGAAAGUGUAGACCACGACAAUACCAAGGUGCUCUUGAACCUGGACGGCGGACAGCCCGUUCAAAGACUACAUUCUAACUACGACGAUAGCACAACAAACCUGAUUAAAUUAUCACAGAUCUCUAGUCAGCAUCAACAUGCGUGA